AUCAGGAAAGUUCUGCCGGAGGACAACCCUAUAAAUGCAAUGCUUGUGGGAAAUAUUUUGUGGAAAGGAUGGCACUUGCACUUCACAAGAGGGUCCGCACUGCAAACAUAUGUUUCAAAAAGCAAGCAUCUGGAAGAGACGAGGAUAACGAACCGCAAUUCACGAGCCACCAGAAAAUCACCAGAGGAGGAAAAAAAUACCAGUGUCAGGAAUGUGGGAAGCGUUUUGCCAGGAAUUUCUUCCUUCAGGUGCACCAGCGAGUCCACAUAGGAGAAAAACUAUACGAAUGCCAGGAAUGUGGAAAAUGUUUUCCUUCCACUUCUACUCUUCAUGCCCACCAGAGUGUCCAUACGGAAGAAAAACCAUACAAAUGCCCGGAGUGUGGAAAAUCUUUUAAUCACAAUUCAAACCUCGAAUGUGGAAAAUCUUUUAAACGCAGUUCACACUUUCUGAGACACCAGAGAGUUCACACUGGAGAGAAACCAUACAGAUGCCAAGAGUGUGGAAAAAGUUUUGCAAAAAAUGCAAACCUUCUGACUCACCAGAGUGUCCACACGGAAGAAAAACCAUACAAAUGCCAGGAAUGUGGAAAAUCUUUUAAAUGCAGUUCACACCUUCUGACACACCAGAGAGUCCACACAGGAGACAAACCUCACAAAUGCCAGGAGCGUGAGAAAACUUUUAAUCACAAUUCAAACCUCCUGAGACACCGGAGAGUCCAUACAGGAGACAAACUAUACAAAUGCCAGGAGU